GUAUUCUCUCUAGUAUGCUGCCUCUGUGGCCACGUUUUCUAAUGGCAGGACUGGUAUUUGGUGAGAUGUAUUGGCAAACUCCCAAUUUCCCAGCCUACUCCCCGUAUCCGAAUGGGCAAAUUGCAGCCUACGGGACCCAGCCUAAGUGAUUCUGGCUGGCACACGGAGCGGUGUUGGUGGAAGUGGCUGAAUUUUAGCCAGAAACGACUGUAAACUGGUUCCAAGCCUUCUGCCGAUGCACUCGCCAAUCCUCAGGGCCGGGACGUAUGGAGGUUGCCGAGACCAGUAGUAGCCAAUUUGGAGUCACUGAGGGCCGAGGUUCCUGCCCUUCCUCCUCCUCCUCCUCCGUGACCCCCGGGCCCGGCAGAGAUGGCCGACACCACAUCGGUGCACGAGACCAGAUUCCAAGCGGCCGUGAAGGUGAUCCAGAGCUUGCCCAAAAAUGGUUCAUUCCAGCCAACAAAUGAAAUGAUGCUCAAGUUCUAUAGCUUUUAUAAGCAAGCAACUGAAGGACCAUGUAAUAUUUCAAGACCCGGAUUUUGGGACCCCAUCGGUAGAUAUAAAUGGGAUGCUUGGAGCUCAUUGGGGGAUAUGUCCAAAGAGGAAGCCAUGAUUGCCUAUGUUGAAGAAAUGAAAAAGAUCCUCGAGAGCAUGCCGAUGACUGAAAAAGUAGAAGAGUUAUUACGCGUAAUAGGUCCGUUCUAUGAAAUUGUAGAGGACAAGAAGACCAGCAGAAGCUCCAAAUUAACAUCAGUUCGCCUGGAGAAGGUCACUAAAUAUUUAGAAGAACUUGGUAAUGUCCUAACUUCAGCUUCAACUCCCAGUGCAAAAACCGUGAAUGGGAAAGCUGAAAGCAGUGAUAGCGGCGCUGAAUCUGAGGAAGAGGAAGCCCUGGAAGAAGUGAAGCAAGUGAAAGAGAGAGAAAACGAACUUAAAGUCGAGCAGGAAUCAAUAGCCAGUAAGGAUUUAGAAAAUGUUUUCACUAAUGGCAAUGACAAAGACAGUCUUACUGAUGCUAGUUCCUCCAUAAACGGUACUACCACUGACGAGGAAGUAAAGAAAACAAAUCAAAAUUUGGAACAAACUGGAAUAACUACUGUGUGGCUGCACCAAGAUUCAAAUGAUGAUCACGUUGAAGAUGUCUCAGGGAUUCAGCAUUUGACAAGUGAUUCAGACAGUGAAGUUUUCUGUGAUUCCAUGGAACAGUUUGGACAAGAAGAGUCUUUGGAGCUGUUGACAUCAAACAGAGGAACACUGAGAUAUUCAUCCCGUUGCGUGGCAGUUGACCACAGUCAGCUGUUGGGAAAUUCUGGUUUUCCUGAGGAAGAUCGAGUAGCCUCUGGAAACUUUCGGGUCGAGGACAUGCAGGAGCGAGCAGGUGAAGGAAAAGGCGAAGUGAAGUGUGGGGGAGAAGAUGGCAGAACCAACAGUGGAGCAGCAUCCCAAAGGGAGAAACGGGCCGGAGAAAAGGAAGAAGGGUCUGGAUUCAGAAGAGGGAGAGGUCACAGGAUGCAGCAUUUGAGUGACGGGACUCAAGGGGGACAGAUGGGCAGCGGAGGUGAUGGAGAGCGCUGGGGUACAGACAGAGGCCCGCGAAGCAGCCUAAAUGAGCAAAUUGCUAUAGUGCUCAUGCGAUUGCAAGAAGAUAUGCAGAAUGUCCUACAGAGACUUCACACACUGGAGACACUGACUGCUUCCCAGGCAAAGUCAUCAGCACUGCAGUCUGCUAAUUAUCCUCCUUCCUCGAAACCAUCAUGGUGGCCCUUUGAGAUGUCUCCCAGUGCAUUAGCAUUUGCAAUUAUAUGGCCUUUUAUUGCCCAGUGGUUGGUGCACUUAUACUAUCAAAGGAGGCGGAGAAAACUGAACUGAGAAAACCAAUGGUAUGUUUGAUUAAUGACAACUACUGAAACUGGAAGACCUUGGAGCGAAAAGGAAUACGAUGUUCACAAAAUCUCAGGAUCUGAGAUGGCUAAAAUUUCCUUUUGUUGUCCAGUAACUACAGUAGCUUGUUUUUCGUUUGCACUACACAAAUAACAUUUUAAGGACUAAUAAUAUUGAUACUUGAAUGAUCAAUCUCGACUAAGUUACAAAGUUUAAAUAUGAUUACCCUCUCCUUUAAUCCAGAAGGAAAAGGAGUGAUUGUUUAGUAGCAUCCGCCAGAUUAUACGUUAUGUGGUAAUGUCAACUGCUCUUUCGAAAGACAGCCAUGAUAACAAAAUCAGAUAUAUAGGUUGGUUUUUUUUUUGAUGUUCUAAACAAAAUACCCACCAUACCAAAAGUUCUGAUUAUGUGGAAGUUUAUGACCCAGGUGGAGAAAAGUAGAUCAUUUGGAAUGAGAAACACUGACUUGGUACCUUUGUUAUCAAAUUACCACAUGGUGAAAGGAAUGAACCAUAAGGUGAGUUCCCCAGUUCAUUUGGUAGGCUGCCACCGGGCUUUUGCUAGGCAGUUUCAUUACAAGGGCUCUUGGUGUUCGAGCAUCUUUAUCCACCAUUUAGAGGGUGGGUUUCAGUGUUUUGUUUUUUCUCUCUGAUGAAGCUGUAGUUGGCUUCACUUCCCUGGGCAGGGUUUAGUUUCCAAAACCCCACUCUGAGGGUGCAUGUCCUGCAUGCCAGAGAGGAGAAAAUGGGGGGGUGUUGAAAGUAAAUGCCGAGAACGCUGCCUAUUUUUACUCAAGCAUCUAUUCCUUUGUAAUCACUUCAUUUAACUGAGGACCUGUAGCUUCUACAUAGGGUGCUUUCAAAUGCAGAAUGGAAAUCUGUUUAUAAGCUUUUUGCGUUUCAGAAGGGCAGAGUUAGUUGGAAAUAUUUUCAUUAACUGUUAAAGGACUCACGGGGUCCCAGACGAGUCACCUGGUCUCAGUGCCUCUGCUUAUUCGGUGUAAAUGGGAACUAUCUUAGCCUUGCACCGACCUCACAGGGAUGUGGGGAGGAUUUGAGAGAUAUAGGGCCUGGUGCUAUUUUAUGGACAUGACUCCCCCAGGAGCUGGGGAGAACUCUUUUUGUCCAGUGAAGAACCAUUUAGAGCCUUGAAUGGCAUUAUUUAGCAUUCCAAGGAUACUAAACAAUUAGUAUCCUAAUUAGAUACUAUUUAGACAGGCUAAAUAUUUAGCCUGUCUGGCUAAAUAAGGAUACUAAAUAAUUGGCAUUUAAUUGAUUAAUUGACUAAACGGGGUCUUAGUGGCCUGAAAAAGUUAAAGCACAUCCCCAUGGUCCAGGCCCGCUGAAGGAGUAGAAUUGCUGGCUGGUUCUUAUCCAGGAUUUGUAACAUUUUGAGGUUCUCUCAUGAAUGGCAUGAUCAUCAUCUAAUUCUUAAGCAAUAAGUUGCUGGUCAGGUGCUAGGAGUCCAGAGUAUUCUUAUUCAUUAUUAAGAGAGAUGAACUUAUUCUACCCCGGUGUAAUGAGUGACCUUAUUCUCAAGUCCCUUUUCUUCUAUAUAACUUGCCAGCUAUUUUUAUUACCUCUUUGAUUACAAAAAUAUCUCUUUAAAAAGAUCUGCUGAAGAACUCUGUUUAAAAUCUACUUUAAGUUUUGGGAGUAGCGGGGAGUGGGGAAUGAAAUAACCGCCCCCCCGCCCCCCAGUUUUAUGUAAAUAUAAAGAUUAGAUCCCCGGAUCAGGGAACAGGUCAUCAUGAUUUUCAUUUCAAAAACAGGACACCAAUCGGGGAUAAUAAAAAAUAGCGGCUUUUCUUAAUGUGAAAAGAAAAUUAUUUGUAUAGCUUAAAUUACACUGUAAAACAAGCAGUUUGACUUACUGUGAGAAGUUCAGGGGUGAUAUCAUUUGGUAUCAUGUCCCCCAAUUGAUUUUAUAGCUCAGAAAGCACUUUGCACACAGCUCUAUUGUAUAUAAAAGUGAAGAUGUAAUUAGAGGAUUUAGUGCUAUGGCUUAAGGUACCUGAUUUUAAAUCUUAAAUUAAGGCUCGUAGUUUUUUUAUUGGAGAAAUGUUUCUUUACUGUGUAGCAGAAUACACAAUUUAAACAGUAAUGAGAAGGUUUUAUCAUUUCUAACUUUCAGGCGUCUUGGUGGAACUGUACCACGUAUAUGUUAUGCUGCUAGCUAAGUUGGAAUUAAAUCAGUAACAAGAAAAUUUAAAGUAAUUUUUAGUAAGAAAAGUCAGCUGCACCUCUUAAUGUGUCCAGAGCACUUCUAUUGCCUUUAUUUUAGGAACAGCAGAUUUUUAGAAUAAGGCUAUGAGAAUUUACUUGUCAAUUUACCUACAGCAGGGUUGAAAGCAGGAUGAAGUGUCUACUCAAAGGCAGUCUGGUAGCAACCCACAUGAUGAAGGAGGGGGUGGUGGUGUGUUAGUGUGUGCGUGUACGCACGCGUGUGCGAGACUUGAACAGGGCCUGCAUGUAGAACUCCUGAAAACUGUACCUUGCAGCAAAAAAGGCGUAGAGUUUUUGUGAAACAGCCCUUGCCUUCCUGCGCUUCAAUUAAAUGCCCAGUUUGAUGUAGUCAAGCUGAACUACUGUGGAUUCAGAUUCAGGCCACAAAUGCAAAUUGAUUCCAUGAAGUUGAAAAGGUCAGCCAUGCAAACUGGCAGUAAUGCCCCUUGGGGUCAGGGCCUGAAAGGCUUACUUGCUGUGGGAAAGUCAAAACUUAAAUAAAAAUUGUCAAUUCAACCUC